UCCAAGCACAGAAGUAACACACGCAUCCUUCCUUCCUUCCUUCCUUCCUUCCUUGAGGCUUCAACUAUGGCUCUCGUCAGGAACUUGGCUGCGCUCCUGUGCGUGGUGCUCGCCUCGCUCGCGUUCGUCGCGCAGGCCGUGCUCGCCGCCAGAGGUGAUUUAAGCAACGUGAAGCGAGACGGUGUGAGGGGAACCUGGGCGUCCCCUUCCUCAGGGCCUGUCCUGACUUUUCUGAGGCCCGGGGCGAGUUUCAAAAAUGAGCCUCAUGAAGAAAGACAUUUCUUUUUGAAGGACAUAGUCAAUAAUUUCAUUCAUAUUGAUAUAUAUCAUAAAAGUUUAUCGAACUUCAAACAUCUAACUAAACAACAGUACCAAGAAUUCAUUAGCAAAUACGAUCUCAUAAUACAUCAGGGACAUGGUAAAUUUUAGCAAACAACCAACAAAUCUUUUUAGGUUAUACGUAUACUGCAGGAAAGGAGGGGGGACAGCUGAAUCAUUGGAGGAGAAAAGUAGAAAUUAAACUAGCCAAUUCCAAACAUCUUCGACCUCGCUCCAUCCUCAAUUUCGUGUUUGAGAAACCUGUAUAGAAAGAGAAGACCAACUAGUGAGCUAAAAUUAUAUAAUUGAGUACAAAGAUCAAAUGGAAAACAGACUGAAAAGUUACUAGAACUUUUUGAGGCGGUGUCCAUCCUAGUUGCAAAGCAAACAUAACUGAUGUGGUUCGGCUGGCCUACCCCCUGCGGCUGCUCAUAGGAUGUGACGUACUUAUAGGUAGCGUGCUGCAGAAAAAGAAAAGAGAAAUUCAUAAGGUACGAGUAGUAGUGAUGAAAAAUUUAAGAGUGAUCAACGAAACCAAUCAUAAUCAUUGCUAGGUGCUUCGGAAGAGGAGCGGAACGGAGAACGAGAAAACAGAUGCGGGGAGAAGAAACAGCGGCUGUGGCGUUAGCCCCUUGGUUAGAUCGAUGGAAUCCGAACUCUACUUGAAGAAACGAUUGGCUGAACAAUAAAAUGAUGGGAUGUAUAGCGUACGUACCACACAGGUUGGGACCCCUCAUCAGGUGGGGCCCUAGGGCGUCGCACUUCUUGCCCCUACCCAGGGCCGGCCCU